GUGGUGCGACUUGAUGGGCGGGUUCCAGUGCGGGGGACACGACGAACAAGAUGACUAAAAAGAAGCGGGAGAAUCUCGGCGUCGCUCAGGAGAUUGAUGGGCUUGAGGAGAAGCUGUCUAAGUGUCGGAAGGACCUGGAGGCUGUGACCUCCCAGCUCUACAGGACAGAACUGAGUCCUGAGGACAGGAGGUCUCUGGAGAAGGAGAAAACCACACUCAUGAGCAAAGCCUCCAAGUAUGAGAAGGAGCUAAAGCUGCUUCGGCAAGAGAAUCGGAAGAACAUGCUACUCUCAGUGGCCAUCUUCAUCCUCCUCGCCCUACUUUAUGCCCACUGGACUAUGUGAGUCAGCCAUCCUCAGCCGUGCAGGUUUCCUUCCACUCCCUACUCAGGGACCAAGCAACCUUUGAAGGUCAAGAUGGAGGGCCUCUUCCCCAUGGGUGCCCAGCAGCUGUAGCGGCAGGGCAUGGCACUGCCUUCUCCUAUUGCUCAGGAGAAGGGCAAUAAAGAGCACCAAGCUCUGUUGUCUA